UCUGUGUUGGAAUUGCCACCCUGUGAAUUCUAAGCUCAGGGUAAAAGUAGGGUAAAGGUAGACACAAAGUAGAAGCUGAAACUAUUGCUAAAAGCCCAAAUUUGAAGGAAUUGCAGGAAGUUAAAGAAGGAAUAUCAGUUUGAGAAGGAAUAACUGUAAAUUUGUUUCUGUAGUGCACUGAAAAAUAGACAUUCUGUUUUAAUAAAUUUCCUGCAGAAAAGAAGCCUGUAUUUGGGACAUUCUAUCAAACAGGAGGAAAAGAAGCAGACUGAAAAAUACCUCAUUCAGUAAAUGAAAACAGGAAUUACAUCGCUGGAUAAUGGAAGAAAAAAACAUUCCAAACCACGGGGAUAAGAAUGGAACACAGCUACACCUGUGACUAUGAAUUAAAAGGAGAGAUUGUCAAAAGAUCACUAUGCUCCAGCUUGAAAACUUCUGCAUGUUAUGGUGUGAUAAUAAUUUGGAUGUGCUGGUAAGCCCUACUUAAACCGAAUGUCUUUUUGAUUGAAAAAUCAUUAAGGUUGCUUUUUUAAAAAACAGACUGAAGAACAAACAAAUUAAGAAAACUAUUUUAGGUGAGCAUAGGAAAUGAGGCAGUGAGAGACCUUUCAGGGAAAUCCAGGUACAGGUGAAGGAAAACGUGGAGUGGAAGCUGGAGUAUCUGAGGAAUUGGAGAGAAAACCCACAAUAAAGUAAAAGAGUAUGGCAAUGAUGAAGGAGAUUCUCCGAUCCAGAAAUCUGUUGCUUGUUGUCCUCAUUCCACUUCUGCUGCUUCCUCUGCCACUUUUAUACCCCAGCAGUGAAGCCUCCUGUGCCUACGUGCUGAUUGUGACAGCUGUAUACUGGGUCUCUGAAGCAGUCCCUCUUGGUGCAGCAGCCUUAGUUCCUGCUUUCUUAUACCCACUUUUUGGAGUCAUGAAGUCCAGUGAGGUGGCUGCCGAAUAUUUCAAGAACACAACCUUGCUCCUCAUGGGUGUGAUUUGUGUGGCAGCAUCUGUAGAGAAGUGGAAUCUCCACAAGCGAAUUGCCCUGCGCAUGGUCAUAAUGGCUGGAGCAAAGCCAGGCAUGUUGCUUCUUUGCUUUAUGUGUUGCACCACGGUGCUCUCCAUGUGGCUUUCCAACACAUCCACCACAGCCAUGGUGAUGCCAAUUGUGGAGGCAGUGCUCCAGGAGCUAGUGAAUGUUGAGGAGGAGCAUGAGGUCAUCGGUACUGCAGCAAGCACCAUUAUUGAAGAAAACGAGUCAAUAGAUCUCAGUGAAAAUCAUGGCCAACCCUCACUGGAGCUUAUCUUCAUCAAUGAGGAUGCUACUACUACUGACUUCAGCUCCUUGGUGCACUCUAAGAGUAUGAAUGGUGUGCAUAUGAUAGCCAAAUCUCUUGGAACCAUGAAUUCUAAGAGCAGUGGACAGCACCUGCCUCAGGCUCAGAUCCUAGUUCUUCCUCCUAAGACCUCAGAACUACACCUGAGUGCUAAAUACCGGUAUCAGACCAACCAUGAUCACAUGGUUUGCAAAUGCCUCUCACUGAGUAUCUCCUACGCAGCAACCAUUGGAGGACUGACAACCAUCAUAGGGACCUCCACUAGCCUCAUAUUCUUAGAGCACUUCAACAACCACUAUCCAAAUGCUGAAGUGGUUAAUUUUGGAACCUGGUUUUUAUUCAGUUUCCCCAUCUCCAUCAUCAUGUUGGUCCUAACUUGGUUCUGGAUGCACUGGCUGUUCUUAGGUUGCAAUUUUAAAGAGACCUGUUCCAUGAGCAAGAAGAAGAAGACCAAAAGGGAAGAAAUGUCAGAGAAAAGAAUUCAAGAAGAAUAUAAGAAACUGGGAAGUGUUAGAUAUCCUGAGAUGGUGACUGGAUUUUUCUUCAUUCUGAUGACCUUGCUUUGGUUUACUCGUGAGCCUGGCUUUGUACCAGGAUGGUCAUCUUUUUUUGAGAAGAAAGGCUACCGGACUGAUGCCACUGUCUCUGUGUUUCUUGGUUUUCUCCUUUUCCUGAUUCCAGCGAAAAAGCCAUGUUUUGGGAACAGGGGAAAAGGUGAUCAUCAAAAGUCAACAGACAUUAGCACACUGGAACCCAUCAUUACCUGGAAGGACUUCCAGAAGACUAUGCCCUGGGAGAUUGUAGUGUUGGUUGGAGGAGGUUAUGCCUUAGCAGCUGGAUGCAAGACCUCUGGCCUCUCUGUGUGGAUUGGACACCAAAUGCUCUCCCUGAGCAGUCUUCCGUACUGGGCUGUAACCCUGCUGGCCUGUAUUUUGGUGUCCCUGGUAACAGAGUUUGUUAGUAAUCCAGCAACCAUAACCAUUUUUCUGCCUAUUUUAUGCAGCAUGUCAGAAACCCUGCUUAUCAACCCUUUAUACACCUUGAUUCCUGUCACCAUGUGUAUCUCAUUUGCGGUGAUGCUGCCAGUGGGUAAUCCUCCAAAUGCCAUUGUCUUCAGCUAUGGGCACUGCCAGAUUAAAGAUAUGGUGAAAGCUGGGCUGGGUGUAAACCUGAUUGGCUUAGCUGUUGUCACAGUGGCAAUCAACACCUGGGGAAUUAGACUCUUCCAGCUGAAUACUUUUCCGGAAUGGGCAGCAGUCAGCAAUAUCACUAGCCAAACAUAACCUCUAAUGAAAACAUAAAAAGGAGGGAAAAAAAAACCAACAACAAAAAAAAGCAAACUAAGUACAAGACCAAAGCAAAUUGGAAUAAAACAUUACACUUAUAUUUGACAUACAAAAGUGUUUUUUUUUUUACAUAGAUAGAACUAGGAUCUGUAGGAAAACCAUGAAGAAAAUCCACAAGGAAGUCUUCUGCACAAGUUUGUCAGCUCUGAAAAUCAGUGUGAGUUAAAAGAGGAGAUAAGCUUUGCUCUAUUGUUGCUUUCCCUAUGAUACUAUAACUGAAAAAACCCACCCUGUACUCUUUGCCUAUGGCUUUUUUACACCCUAGAACAGUAAUGUAGGACUUGUAAAAUAGAGGAUAUAAAAUUCCAAUGACAGAAGACAAAUACACAUACACUGCUGAACUCAGAAGUAGGAUAUUCAGUUGUACCACUGACUUCUAUAGAGAAUGAAGGAUGAAUCUUACUCUCAAAUCCAGAGUUCCAUAAGUCUGCUUUUUCUAAUGGCAAAUAACUAUUAUUCUUUUGAAGUAACUCAUCAUGGUGUCAGAAGAAACCACUUUCCCACCUAACCUAUAUGGCCUAGACAGAAAUAGAGCUACAAACCACCAGCUACAGCACUUCAAAGGGAUACCAGAAACUACCAAACAGAUAAGAAGGAUUUUUUCCCCCCACAGCCCUGGUUAUGGUAUUUAAUAUUUCAGUUUCUGCUUUGGAGGGAAGAGCUUCAGAAACAGAGAGAAAGUUUGUCCAAUACCUUCUUUCCUUACCAUUGUUCUGCAUUGGUAGCUGUUCCAGCAGGGGAAGCUGUGACCAGCAAAACCUUACCAGGCCAACAGACUCAUUGCUCUCCUGUCUUUUCAAUUCCACUGAAAGAGAAAAGUACAAUCUCAUCCAAGAUGGCACUGAGUGCCACUCCAUGAGUAAGAAGGGAGGGGGCUGAAGUGGAGUGGUGCUGGUGUAUCUCCUACUUGUGUGCAUUCACUUGGAUAUUACACCCACCUGCUCUCUAGCAGCCCAGAGAACAGGAACUUCAAAUGUAGGAAACUGUGACACAGAGCAGAUGACUACCAGAACAAAAGACCACUCUGUUUUAUUACCUGCUAAGUGAAUGCUCUGCUUUUCUGACUAGAUCUCUCUGAUACUCAGUAAACCUCUUAUUGUAUUAUGUUCCUGAUUUUAAUGAUUUCUUUAAUGUCAGUAUAUUUAACAUGUACAGUAGAGUGGUUGGAUAUCAUGUAAUCACACUCUAUAUACUUUAAUUUUUAUGCUUUGCUCUUACACUAUAGGCUCUUUGGAUGUUAGCAUGACUGUCUAUUCUUCAAACAUAAAAUGUCAAUAAAAUAAAUUAUUCACU